GGUGCUCACCGCAACAUCCACCCACAUCCAUCCCGCCUAGCUUCCGUUCCAAACUUCUCUUCACCGUCUACGGAGUAUACUCAUUCUACCUCUUGUCACAGCUUGCCACCAUGGAUGAGAUUGCACCCGAGUACGACGUUGUGGUUCUGGGAACUGGUCUCACGGAAUGCGUUCUCUCUGGUGUUCUCAGUGUGAAGGGAAAGAAGGUCCUCCACAUCGACCGCAACGAUCACUACGGAGGUGAAGCCGCCUCCGUCAACAUUGAAGCACUCUUCAAAAAGUAUGGCAACACUGCCGGCGAGCCCUGGAAGAAGUAUGGCCGUGUCAAUGACUGGAACAUUGAUCUCGUCCCCAAGCUCCUCAUGUCCAACGGCGAGUUGACGAACAUCCUUGUCUCCACCGACGUUACUCGAUACCUAGAGUUCAAGCAGAUUGCUGGCAGUUAUGUCCAGCAAGGCAGUGGCGCAAAGGCAACCGUUGCCAAAGUGCCUUCGGACGCAGGCGAGGCUCUUCGCUCCCCAUUGAUGGGUCUUUUCGAGAAGCGCCGUGCCAGGAACUUCUUGGAGUGGGUUGGCGCAUACAAGGAAGAUGACCCGGCAACACACAAGGGUCUCGAUCUGAAGAACUGCACCAUGAAGGAUGUUUAUGACAAAUUCGGCUUGGAGGCAACCACCAAGGACUUCAUUGGUCAUUCCAUGGCUCUUUUCCAGACUGAUGACUACAUCAACGCAAAGGGCAAUGCCAACGAUGCCAUAAACCGCAUUCGUCUCUAUGUGAACUCGAUGGCAAGAUACGGAAAGUCCCCGUACAUCUACCCCUUGUACGGCCUCGGAGAGCUUCCCCAGGGUUUCGCCCGUCUGUCUGCCAUUUACGGAGGUACAUACAUGUUGAACACUGACGUGGAUGAGUUCUUGUACGAGGGAGGCAAGGUCUCCGGAAUCAAGGCUACCAUGAAGGAGAAGGGCGACGACGGCCCGGGCAUGAAAUUCGAGACUAAGGCAAAGAAGAUCCUCGCAGAUCCAUCUUACUUCCCAGACAAGGUCCGCGUCACCGGACACUUGCUCAAGGCAAUCUGCAUCCUGAACCACCCUGUGGCCAACACGGACAACAGCGACUCAUUCCAGCUUAUUAUCCCUCAAUCCCAAGUAGGACGGAAGCAUGAUAUCUACAUUGCAGUCGUCUCAUCUGCCCACAAUGUCUGCCCUAAGGGUUACUACAUUGCCAUUGUCUCCACUAUUGCCGAGGGUGACAGCAACCACCACCUCGAGCUGCAACCAGGUCUUGACCGUCUUGGACGCAUCGAGGAACAGUUCAUGGGUGCUCCCAUCCCUCUGUACGAGCCCCUUGAGAGCGGCACCAACGACAACAUCUUCUUGUCCAAGAGCUACGACGCUACGAGCCACUUCGAGACCACCACCGAUGAUAUCCGAGACAUCUACCGCCGGGCCGAGGGUCACGAGCUUGUCGUUGAGGGUCUCCGAGACGGGCAGAACCUCGUUGCUGAUGAAUAAACUUGAACGGACGUGCAUGACGAUUAUUGGACUAUAUUGGAGUUGACCACAGACUGGUAUGCUGACAACGACACAUUAUUGCGACAAUGAAUAUAUAUUGCGUUCAGAAGUGACAUCAAGUCCC